UCCUGUCAAACUCUCGAAAAUGAUUAAUCGAACAGGGCUAAUCGAUUAAGUUGAUUAAAUGAAAGGUGGAGCUCGAUGAAGAUGAAUCAUUUUGCGGGAUAUAUUUAAUCGAUUAAUCAUUCAUCAAUAUUACCGACCCUAGGCUGUGCUGGGUGAAGAAAAAGAAGUGCUAAUACAACAGAGUGUAGAGACGGGAGCAAAGAAGAAAGAAGAAGAAAAAGAAGAGAACGACGACGACGAAUUGUGGCGUCGUGUUCUAUCGCGAUUGGGUAACUUGCACGCGCGACAUGGUCGAAUGAGCGGUGGCAUCGUGGUGUUCGGAAUAUAUUGUGUGCUGCGAUUGGUCCACGUGUGUGGAGCUUGUGCCAAAAACGGAGUGGUGGCCGGACAAGCGAUCAGAAGAGAGACGGCGACCAUCAGCGAACGACAUCGGACGUGGCUGACAUACCUGGACACCCCCAACGAUCCGAACGAUUCGAAGCCGGCGGCAGGAGCGAGGUCGGAGACCACCUGACAUUCCGCGAUUACCAGGAACAGGCAGGCGGGAUCCAGGGCGACUGUGUGGCCGAGGACAGCGGAGUGCGAGGUCCGGGCAUAUAUGGGUGCUUGUGCCAACCGCCAGCGAACCCUAACCCACGACCUUGCACGCAUCGUCGCCGACCCAGUCUUCGUCACCCGCCACCUCACGCCCUCGAUAUCUCCACCAGUCAGAGCCAGCCCUAACCACGCCACAUCUGCCCGUUCGAUGCCCGUGAGCCUACACAUGCUCGCACUUGGUGCCUGUGUCAACCGCCAGCGAACCCUGACCCAGGACCUUGGACAUGUCGUCGCCGCCCCCGUCUUCGCCACCUGCCACCUCACGCCCUUGAUGUCUCCACCAGCCAGAUCCAGCACAAACCACGCCACAUCUGCCUGUCCAAUGCCCGUGAGCCUACAUAUGGUUUCUACGGAGAUGGCUCCGCCGGAUUCGCAGCACACAGUUCGACCCCUGGGGAUCGGGGAAUGGCCAUACACGGUCGCCGCGGGCCUGGUCUAUACGGCUUGCCACGUGGUCUGGUACAUAUUCACCCAGACUGGCCACAAGUCGUUCACCCACUUCCGUCUCACUUGCUGCGAUGCCUUCCCUUACUCCCACGAAGGGUGCAUGGCGAACGUUUGCGAGCCAGCAACGUUCGAGCAGUGCCACACGUGGACGAGGGCGCCCUCGGAUGAAAGUGUGUGGGACGGGACGCCAUCGGGUGGCACCCUCGCAGGGCCCUCAAUUACACCACGAGGCAGAGCCGCAGCAUAAUACUCCAGGACAAGCUUGGGCUUGACUAGGUGGCACCCUCGCAGGGCCCUCAAUUACACCACGAGGCAGAGCCACAGCAUAAUACUCCAGGACAACCUUGGGCUUGACUACGCGAACUGAUCCGGAGACAAUGGGGAGCCUGACCAUGUCAAGCUAAAGGAGCUGCAGCAGACAGUGUUUAGCAGGCAGCUCGCAGCGGCCUGCUAAACAUUGGUUCACUCCCGGGACGCGACAAGUCCAAGAUCUCCAUACUCAAGGAGGUGGUUCCGGCCGACUUCCCCCGCACACCAGCACUGAUUUACGGGCGACUGGGAGGAGGCAAAGUGCUGGCUGGACACCUUUCCGCGGCUCUGCCUGGCUAUCACGCCAUCACGCGUAGCGCAUCUACAGCAUAUGACAUUGCGUAGAUUUAUGUUAUGUUACGUAUCUAUAUUAAUGUAUGUUAUGAAUAGUGGUGUAUUGUUUUGUUUAAUUUAUGCGCUUGCAGUUAUCUUACCAUUGUU